CCUUGUAACAUUCAGGCACCGCCUUCGCCUCCUAGGCUUUUUUUUCCUCUCCUCACAAAGGUACAAAAUGGAGGCGACGCGACCUGGCUGAACAAAACAACAGUUGCGUUUUAUAUUAUGCAUUACAUUAAGUUUCAAUAAGUGUAUUUUUAGUUACGUGUUUUUACUUUAGUUGAUCAAAAAGGCUGAAAUAACCGGAUUAAUCAUGUUCUGGGCGUUACUCAUUUCAGUUUUAAUGGCGACAGAGUCUUCCCUGGCCGUCACAGUCACCUGUCCUACCAAAAGAUUCAUCGUAAUCCUAUUCCAGCCCGUUACCUUGACCUGUGACUUCCAAUCAACCGCCUCGCAGCCUCCUGUGAUCAUGUGGAAGUACAAAUCUUACUGCCGGGACCCUGUCCAGGCUGCCCUCAAUCCCAGCAGUGCAGAUAACAUCUUGGCACAAAACAACCCCAACUAUAACCCCACUAUUGAGUGUGGAGACUCUCAGAGGACGGUCCGCACGGUUGCUUCCAAGCAGGGGGAUGCUGUUACUUUGGGCAAAGAAUACUCGGGUCGAAAAAUUUCCAUCGUGGACAAGGCGAGCCUGAACAUCGCUCAGACGGCGUGGGGGGACAGCGGUGUGUAUUACUGUUCUGUCAUCUCAUCCCAAGAUCUCACAGGGACUAAUGAAGACUACACAGAGCUACUUGUUCUCGAGAGAAAGUCUAAUACUACUGACCUCCUGCCUGGCAUUGACUUACUGAUUAUGGAAGACUGGCUGCUGGUCGUCCUCGUGGUUUUGGGCUUCCUGUUGCUGUUGCUCAUGAUUGGAAUUUGCUGGUGCCAGUGUUGCCCUCACACCUGCUGCUGCUACGUGAGCUGCCCUUGCUGCCCAGACCGGUGCUGCUGUCCACGAGCUCUUUACGAGGCAGGGAAAGCAGUGAAGAAAGGAAUGGCCAAUCAGUAUGCUGGCGGCCUCUAUGCGGCCAGCACGUACGCUCAGCCCAUAUAUGGAGGCUCACAAGCGAACCAGCCUGGCAUGCCCAUGCUUCCUCUGCCUAACGGGGCAGGACAGCCGCCUCCUCAGAAUGGUUACGGCUACGAAUAUGACGGCGCCAGUUCAGUUGGACAGGGAUCACAGGUGCCUUUGCUUCACGGUCAGGAUGGCAGAGGGGACCCGACUCGCAGCGGGUAUCGCAUUCAGGUGGACACAGACGGAAAUGCUACACGUGCCAUUUACUAUAUGGAGAAAGAACUUGCAACACUAGAUCCUGCACGACCUGCCGGUUACAGACGCUUGGAUAACAUGAGUGAGGUCAGUUCUCUGCAUGACAUGGGCGCCCGGGGUGGUCGCUCCCAGCCCCCACCCAGGGGGUUUGACCCGGAUGAUGCCAUGAGCACCAUCAGCAGCGUCUCCCAGCAAGGCCGCCGUCGAGAUGAUUAUCCACGCCGCAACGACGGUUACGCGGGGGAUCGUGUUCGUGCCCGCUCCAUGGACAACCUGGACGACAUUGGACGGCGACACCCAAGAGAUGACUACCCUCCACAGAGACGUCCAGAUGAACCCAGAGGCAGGAGAGGAUCCGACGACUGGAGCAGCAGCGCUCGCAGCGGCUACGACCGAGACUACGAUGACCGCAGGCGCCGGGAUUACUCUCCCAGCAGUCAAGGACGAAGAGGGGGAGAUGCCUCUAGUGAACUUUCCGGCCGACGCAGCCGGAGUCGCGAUGACCUAAUGGACAUAGAGAGGGAUCGGCGGUACGGCGGUGGUCCCAGGGGUGGCCGGGACGACUACGACGACAGUUUUCUGCGAGAGGCCAUGGAGAGGAAGAAGAUGGGUGAGCAGCAGAGGGCCCGCAGCAGGGAGCGACUGGAUAGUGAGAGCGACCGCUCAGAUCGGGUAAGAGCUCCGCCUCUUCCACUGAACCCGCCCUCUGGAUAUCCUGGUCGCCGCGACGAUUACCCGCCAGCAUACAGCGACAACGAAAGUGUGUCAUCUUCUAAGAAAACCAACUUGCGCAAGAAUGGAGCGGUGAGCCGAGAGAGUCUGGUUGUGUAAAGUCAGCAGUGAUGUUGGGUAACGCUCAGUUUUUUGGGAUAAACUUCAUAACUGUAAAUAGCACUCACACUUGAUUUGUAAUUCCACUGAAGGUGUAUUUUUCAUAAUGUACUUUUAGUUUAAACUCCUCUUUUCUAUGCAGGAAAGCUGCACAGACUUUGUGCCUUUCCAUGUAUAGAUGUGGCUGCCACAAGUGCCUUAGUCUGUAAAAAAAAAAAUGCGUGAAAAUGUUAAUGUUCACAUUUUAAUGGUUAAAUGUGUUUUAAUUGGGAUCAAAUGCUUUUAGCUUUAGUUAUCUGAUGGUUUGUUCUCUUCUCUUUGGCUGAUGAGUUGCUUAUGUAGAAGUUGAGAAAACCUUUUGUUUUUUUGUUUUUUGUACUUGUGGUAAAUGUUAAAUGUUUUUUUUUUUUUUUAAGAAGCAAUGCACAUUUGAUGAUUACUUUUGCUUUAUGCAUGUUUAAAAGUACCCUGUAUAAACGUACUGUUGAAUACAUUUUUAUGUUUCUUUUUCUUUGUUGUUUUAUUUUUUUAAUGCAAACUUGCAAAUUUAAUCUACAUACAUUUUUAAAGCAAAGCAGUAAUAAAUUCUAAACGUGCAAAUGAUGUAACAAAAUAUUAUUUUACAAUAAAAACCUCUGCCUGUA